AUGAACGGACAGCCUGCGAUAACGGCGUGUAAUGCUUUUAGUUUUUUGGGAGCAGAAGAGCAAAUUUGGAAUAAUCAGUCUGGUUUUGAAAUUGAAUCGAGGCACAGGGCAAUGCGAGUCUUGUAUAAUAUAUGCCUUAUAGGCCACGUGUUGAGUGUCUGUGUGUGGGGAGCGCCUACCACCAAGGAGGAUCUUAACCAGGACACCCCGUACAUCACGGAGCUGCUGCGACAAGCCAAGGCCGCCGAGAUUGAGAGCUUCAUGGACCAAAAGGCAGAUCCGUGCAGCGACUUCUAUACAUUCUCGUGUGGCAACUAUGACCGAAUCAAUUCAGCUGACGACGUAGAUGAAAUCCAGACGGGAAUGUUUAUUACUCUAGCCAAAGGUUAUGAUCGCAAAAUCCAAGAGAUACUCAACACGGCUCAAGAUAGCCGAGAUACUCCGGAAGACACUCAGGUGAAGCACUUCUACCAGUCCUGCAUGCGGAUCAAGGAACUCAACUCCACCUACAUCGCAAAGAUGAGGAAGCUUAUCGCCGAGUUUGGAACGAUGCCGGUGCUCGAGGGUUCCUCCUGGAAGGAGGAGGACUUUGACUGGGUGGGAACCACCGCUCGCAUAUCCCACCGUUACGGUGUGAAAGCCAUCUUCGCGGCGGAGGUUUUAAAGGACCUGGUCAGCAACCAGGGAAACGUGAUCGUCGUGGGGGAACAGAACUUCCUCCUCGCUUCGCGGUCCUUGUACAUAGACAACUCAACGCUCAUGUACCGAGAGUCCAUUCGAGAUAAUAUUCAAGAGGUUCUACGGCGGUUCCUGGCCUUGAAUGUGGAACUGGCCAAGCAGACAGCGAAGGAGCUAGUCGACUUCGAGGUAGAACUGGCCCAAGGAAUGGUGGACGAUAUGGACAUCCAAGACAUCGUUGAAUUAAGCGAGCUGCUGACAGUCGAUGAAAUACAUAAACGGUAUGCCCCCACUUUGGACAUCAAGCGAUUGGUAUUUAUCAGCAUGGGUGGACCCAUUUCGGAGCCGAUCUAUGAAUACAACAAACGCUAUCAGCAAAAUCUGGUUGAGGUCAUCAAACGUACGCCCAAACGCACGUUAGCCAACUAUAUAUUUCUCCGCCUAAUCUGGGAUGUUAUACGGAUUCCUGACGAAACGCCAAAGAAGCAAAAAGCGUCUUGUCUGCAGUCUACCAAAGAGUUCUUCUUCAAGAACCUGGACAACUUGUACUACCGUCGCUACAACAAUGAGAAGCACUCUAUAGAAAUCUACAAAAUGUGGCAGCUACUUAAGUCGACCUUCAAUGACACCCUACGCUCCAGUUCAUCACUAGAUUGGAUUGAGCGACCUACUCGGAAUCUGGCCAUUGCCAAGUUGGAGGCCAUGACAUUUGAGAUAAGCAACUACGUCGGGGAGAACUUUACCAACGAGUUUUCGGGUCUCAAUCUGCAGAGCUUUGACUUUGUAGAAAAUGUAAUACAAAUUAAAGUCCUGCGCGCACGUCAAAAGCGGGAAAUGCUUCACAAGCCGGCAACAUCAAUGGAUGGUGGCGAAGAAAUCAGUUCUACACCGGUCUACAUGCAGUCGGAGAACGCCAUCAAGCUGCCAGUGAUGAUGCUGCAACCCUUUUAUAUUUCGUCGCAUGUCUACCCCAGUGCGGUAAUGUUCGGCACCUUGGCACCGAUGAUUGGACAUGAGUUAAUCCACGGCUUCGACGAGAGCGGGCGAUCCUACAAUGCCAAGGGUGAUCACAAUGAUUGGUGGGACGAAAAGUCUGACAGCAACUUUGAGAAGGGCCGAGAAUGCUUCACGAAGCAGUACGGAAGGUAUGUGUACGAUGGUAAGCAGCUCAAGGAGGCCACUGCGCAGUCGGAGAACAUUGCGGAUAAUGGGGGAAUGCGGCUGGCCUACACCGCCUACCGGAAGUGGUACGACUCCCAACUCGGCAAGGAUCUGGCCAAGGAGAUCAUUCCUAAUCUGAAAUACCACCCGAAUCAGCUGUUCUUCAUCAGCUUUGCUCAGUCCUGGUGUAACGACUUGGCCCCCAAGUACCGGAUUAUGCAGGUAGCCUCCGAUACGCAUAUGCCCGGAAAUGUCCGCGUCAUUGGAACAUUGGCGAACUUUGCUCCGUUCUCUAAAGAGUUCAACUGUCCAGCCGGCUCCCCCAUGAAUCCCAGUAAGAAGUGCAUCCUCUACUAGAUGCUAUACCCAUUUUGCAAUUGCUUUAUGAAAUUCGAAUACUUUUUU